AUGCUGAGAACCGGUAGUAAUACUAGUGGUUGUCUGGGUUUGGGUCACAACAAUGAAGUGAAAACACUACAAAUUAUACCACAAUUAAGUAACAAAAAGAUACAACAGUUUAUUAAUGGAUAUGACUUUGUGUUGGCCAUCAAUGACAUGAAUCACGUGUUCAGUUGGGGUCACAAUGAUUGCGGACAAUUGGGUAGACAUACAAAAAGACUACUAUUUUUAAAGACAGAAUAUGGAAAUCAUAAAAACAUAUCGGAAUUGAAUGACAAGAAUAUCACACAAAUAUGUUGUGGUUAUCAACACUCCCUGGCCCUCAACACCAAUGGACGGGUGUAUGCGUGGGGUUGGAAUAAAUGGGGACAAAUUGGAAAUAAUACAGAUAUUUCAGCAUGGACACCAUUCGCCACCGAAUCGGUCGGGAAACUGGACGGAAAUUGUUGCCAUCGAUGCGGAACUCGUUUCGCAUGGUUUCACCGCAAACAUCGGUGCCAUCAUUGCGGACAACUAUUCUGCGACAAGUGUUGGGCUAAGGGGUCAACGAAUCCGAAGUACGGCCUCGAGAAAUGGUUUUGCGACGAGUGUUACGAUAUGUUGAGUACAGCGGCGAAACCCGCGGACCAAAUCCCUAUCGAAGGGUUGUCCAUAUCGUCGGCCCAGUCGUCAACAUAUAGUGGACUCAAUCGGAAAGGGUCUGAGAAUAAGAGAUUGGAAUUAGCUUUGAGUCAAUUGGAAGUGGAGUCUAAAGAUUGCAUGAAAAUGAGCCGUAUAUCCAAUAUAAUGGAUAAGACAUCCAAUGUUUCAUCAGAAUUAGGAAAUAAUUCGUUUGAAAACAAUUAUAUUAACCUUUUUGAGGAGUUGUCUACAAUAGGAUCGGGAGCAUUUGGUAAAGUAUAUAAAGUAAAGCAUAGAUUCGAUGAACACAUAUAUGCCGUCAAAAGAAUUCUAUUGAAUGAUUCUUGCGAUAACUACAUGAAACGUAUUUUGAAUGAAGUGAAAAAUUUAGGAAAAGUGCGGUCAGAAUAUUGUGUUCACUAUUAUAAUUCAUGGCCCGAAAGCAAACACCUCUACAUUCAGAUGGAGUUCUGUUCACAGAAUUUACGGAAUAUUCUCGAAAUGAAACCAAAAAUCUUAGAAAGUGUUCAGUAUUUGCAUGAAUUGAAUCCACAGAUCAUUCACAGAGACCUCAAACCCGAAAACACAUUAAUUGCACACAACGUAAGGAACGGUAGAUUUGUUAAGUUAUGUGACUUUGGUUUGGCUACAGUUCACGAGAAUACUAUGAAUUAUAAUACUUAUGAUAAACACACUACUGGAGUGGGAACUACGAAGUACCAAGCACCUGAAAUAGCUCAGGGUAAAGCAUAUGGACAUAAAGUAGACAUUUAUAGCUUGGCAAUUAUUGGCUCAGAACUAAUAGAUUUUGAUUUGUUUUAUUUUGACCCUGAUAAUUCAGAAAGCAUUUACUCCGGGAAUGAAAUUCUUAACACAAAAGUAAAAGAAUUUCAAAACAUAUUGCAGUCAAUGAUGUUGACUCCGAAGUGGUCUCAAAGGCCUGAAUGCAGUGAAGUAUUGGCGGAAUAUAACGAGUGGUCUAUCGAUAGGAAUAUUCUCGCAAAUGAUCCCCGAUUUGAGUCCACAUUAAGUAGCUCAAUGAAGUCCCAUAGAGUCCGCAUGCGGGGUAUAAACUACUUAACGGUCGACGGGAACGCCUCCAGAGUGUCGGUGCUCUCAAUCUGUAUUUAUUGUAUGGGUUAUAAUCAAAGGGGUUGUCUGGGUUUGGGUCACGACAUUGAAGUGAAAACACCACAAAUUAUACCACAAUUAUGUAAUCAAAGGAUACAACAGUUUAUUAAUGGAAAUGACUUUGUGCUGGCUAUCAAUGAUUUGAAUCACGUGUUCAGUGGGGGUCACAAUGAUUGGGGACAAUUGGGUAGACAUUAUGGAAAUUAUGAAAACAUAUCGCAAUUGAAUGACAAGAAUAUCACACAAAUAAGUUGCGGUAGUUUUCACUCCCUGGUCCUCACCACCAAUGGACAGGUGUAUGCGUGGGGUAAUAAUGAUGAGGAACAAAUUGUAUCAAAAGUGGGAAACAAAUUGUUUGAAAGCCAUUACCAAAACUUAUUCCAAGAGUUAUCGGCCAUCGGUUCCGGAGGUUUUGGGACAGUAUUUAAGGUAAAGCGUAGAUUCGACGAACACAUAUAUGCCGUUAAAAUAAUAAAAUUAAAGGACUUUUCUGAUGAAUAUAUGAAAUCUAUUUUGAAAGAAGUUAAAAAUUUGCUGUCCGUUCGUUCAGAAUAUUGUGUUCAGUAUUACAAUUCAUGGCCCGAAAGCAAACACCUCUACAUUCAGAUGGAGUUUUGUUCACAGAAUUUAAGGAAUAUUCUCGAAAUCAAACCAAAAGUAUUUGAUAGACAAUUAGGAGACGCCAUGAAUUGUGUCGAGUAUUACAUUUCGUGUGAAAUAUUCCGUCAGAUCUUAGAAAGUGUUCAGUAUUUGCAUGAAUUGAAUCCACAGAUCAUUCACAGAGACCUCAAACCCGAUAAUAUAUUAAUUACUGACAAUGUAAGGAACGGUAGAUUUGUUAAGUUAUGUGACUUUGGUUUGGCUGUCGAACACCGAUCGGAAUAUCAGAGUCACUCCAACAAUAAGGGAACUCCUAAAUACAUGGCACCGGAAUUGUAUCAAUCAAAGUAUACCACAAAAGCAGACAUUUAUAGUUUGGGUAUUAUUUCUAUGGAAUUGUUUGGUAUUUAUUUAGUGGGAAAUGAACUGGCUAAAUACGAUAACACAAUAGGAAAUAAUAAAAGUAAUAUAAUAUUUGUCACAAAUAAUGACUCGGUUUAUGGUUUGGGUGGCAAUGCCAGCGGGUGUCUGGGUUUGGGCCAUAAUAAUGAAGUGAAAACACCACAAAUUAUACCACAAUUAUGUAAUCAAAGGAUACAUCGAUUUAUCAAUGGAUGGGAUUUUGUGUUGGCUAUCAAUCAUACUAAUCAAGUGUUUGGUUGGGGCGGUAAUUAUUGGGGACAAUCGGGUAGACAUGAGACCCAAAGUGAACACAGUAUGGCGCUAACCACCGAUGGACAGGUGUACGGUUGGGGCCGUAAUAGUUACGGACAAAUUGGCAAUAAUACUAAAUGUGCGCAAAUAUGGGCACCAAUUGAGUUACGCUUUGAUAAUAAACAUAAAAUCAAAACCAACAUUAAGUCGGUUGAGGAUAACAUAGGCUUAAUAAAAGCCGAGGUCUACAAAGUCCCAGAGUCCGAGGAAAGGGAGCUUUCGGUUAAUUUAACGGAUAAUAUAACUGCCGUGUCAUCAAAAUUAGAAAAUUAUACGUUUAAUAGUCAUUACGAAAGUCUGUUCAUUGAAUUGUCGGCAAUAGGAUCGGGAGGUUUUGGGACUGUUUUUAAAGUAAAGCAUAGAUUCGAUGAACACAUAUAUGCCGUUAAAAGAAUUGAAUUUAAAAAAUCUAGCGAUGAAUAUAUGAAAGGAAUUUUGAUGGAAGUGAAGAAAUUAAGAAAACUUAAUCCAGAUUUUGUCGUCCAAUAUAUCACUUCAUGGCCUGAAAAUAAACAUCUCUUCAUUCAGAUGGAGUUCUGUUCACAGAAUUUGCGGAAUAUUCUCGACAUUAAACCAAAAGUAUUUAACAGACAGUCAGGAGUUCCCAUGGAUUGUGUCGAGUAUUACAUUUCGUGUGUAAUAUUCCGUCAGAUCUUAGAAAGUGUUCAGUAUUUGCAUGAAUUGAAUCCACAGAUCAUUCACAGAGACCUCAAACCCGAAAACAUAUUAAUAGCUGAAAAUAUAAGGAACGGAAUCAUUCACAGAGACCUCAAACCCGAAAACAUAUUAAUAGCUGAAAAUAUAAGGAACGGUAGAUUUGUUAAGUUAUGUGACUUUGGUUUGGCUGUUGAGCACCGAUCGGAAUACCAGAGUCACUCCAAAAAUAAGGGAACUCCUAAAUACAUGGCACCGGAAUUGUAUCAAUCAAAGUAUACCACAAAAGCAGACAUUUAUAGUUUGGGUAUUAUUUCUAUGGAAUUGUUUGAUAUAUUCUUGGAUGGCAGUGAACUGGAUAAGUACAUUGACAACUUACUACAUGGUUAUGUAGCCAAUAUAUUACCCAUGUUCAAUACAAUGGUUUCAUUUGGUCCUAUCAUUAGACCAAGGUGCAAUGAGAUAUUAAAUAUGAGUGAUAAAUGGUCACUUAGCAAGGACAUUAUACAUUCAAAUAUUAGUCCGGGUGUACUCUAA